AUGUCGAGAUUACUCGCUCUGUCCCUUCGUCGCGACCCGCGUGUCCAGAAGCUGCCACCGUACCUGUCGUUCCUCUGCGUGCUCGUAGGGCUGGUCUGGCUUCUCCUUCUCCCGCUCGACGACUAUGCGAGGAAAACAUACAUCUCGGAAAAUGCCCUCCUUCCGGGUCAGGUGCAUACGUAUUUCAGCGGCAGCGAGAGUCACGUCCUGCGCGCCUACCGAAGCGAACUCGAAGUCCUUGCGAGCGAAGAGGACCAGACACGCGUAAACGACAAAAUCGAGGAGAUCCUCAAGGGUCUAGGGGUCAAAGUGGGACGACAAAGCUAUACGUACAAUGCGGCUGGCCGUGCUCACAACGGAGAGAACGUCUAUGGCAUACUGCAAGCUCCCCGUGGCGAUGCCACAGAGGCGAUAGUACUGGUCGCUGCCAUACGAGGUCUCAAUGGCCAGGUGAACCGUAACGGCGUUGCUCUGGCGCUGACUCUGGCGCGCUACUUCAAGCGCUGGUCAUUAUGGUCCAAGGAUAUCAUAAUAGUGUUUCCCCCGGACAGCGAGACUGGCACCCAGGCUUGGGUCGAUGCAUACCACGAUGCUCACGAUCCUCGAAACGUGGCCCCCUUGCCUCUGAAGUCCGGCGCCCUACAAGGCGCGCUUGCGCUCGAUUACCCCGGGGUGGACCGAUUCUCGGCCUUGCAGAUUAUAUAUGACGGCGUCAAUGGACAGCUGCCAAACCUAGACCUUGUCAACUCGGUUGGCAACAUCGCAAGCGGGCAAAUGGGCAUCACGGGCUUCAUACAGGGCAUGCGGCACCACAAGGGCACCUACAAGCAUCGGUUGACUACCAUUUUCCGCGGUAUGGUCAAGCAGAGUCUUGGGAACUCCUGGGGUCCCCACAGCAGCUUCAUGCCUUAUCACGUCGAUGCGGUUACGCUGCAACCAUACGGCAAAGGCUUCCAUGACGAGAUGGCCAUGGGCCGUGUGAUAGAAGGCUCCUUUCGCAGUCUCAACAAUCUGCUCGAGCACCUGCACCAGAGCUUCUUCUUCUACUUGCUUAUGCAGAGAGACCGCUUUGUCAGCAUCGGAACUUACCUGCCCAGCGCCAUGCUACUAGCUGCCAACUUUAGUAUCAUGGCUAUCUAUCUCUGGGUACAGAGUGGACAAGUUGAUGCGGACGCCAAGAAAAAUGCCAAAAAGCAGACCAAAGCUCCAGCGACUGAGGUAGCGGCAGUUACUGUCGAGAGGAGUCUCGUGCUUCCCGUCGCUAUUGUGGCCAUCUGCCAUGCCUUAUCAGCUGUGCCACUAUACGUACUGAACAACACAACAGCCCCGCUUCUUCCUACGGCUUUCGCUGCGCUCGCUGCCAUAUCAACGGCUGCGCCCUUUGUGCUCAGCUAUGCGGUCCUCCCCGUCUACAAGCCCACGCAGCAGCAGAUUCUGCUCAUGAAGUCGCUCUCCCUCCUGGUUCUCGGCAUGGCUCUCUCUACUCUAGCCACGCUGAACUUUUCGCUGGCAUUUGUCAUUGGCGUCCUCACGGCACCCAUGUCGUUUGUUGGACUGAGCAAGAAUGAGUCUCUGCGCUGGGCAUCAGCAACAUUGUUAACGUUGCUGGCACCUGCCACUGUCAUCUACAGCGCAGUGGCGGGAGCAGGACUUGACAUGGGCCAUCUUCUUGAACAGGCUAGCUUUGGGUGGACAGUUUGGGGGAUGUACACACCUAUCGUCGUGUGGACGAUCUGGUGGCCAGCGUGGACCAUCAGCAUGGUCAGUGUUUUGUGCUGA